AUGCUCAUUGUACCAACACCCAGAUAUCCGGAAAACUAUGAGUAUGCGCUAGAUUUCCCAAAGUUCCUGCUCAUUGGCGACUCGAUCACCGAACGAUGUGCUAAUCCAUUCCCUAUCUCUGAUUUUGUCGCAGACGGAUACGAUAAGAACGGCAACCACACUGUCGAACAUAGCUCGCUUGAGUUUUGUUUCAUGGGACAGCUUCAACAUGACUACGCUCGACGCAUGGAUAUCAUCAAUCGCGGAUUUUCCGGGUACAAUUCUCAUUACUGGAGACACAUGAUUGAAAAGGUGCUGCGCAUCGAACACGACCUGUCGUAUAGUAAAUGCAAGAUUGCGACACUGUUUCUGGGGACUAACGACGCUGCGUUGGCAAAACCCGAUGGCGUUCCCUAUGAUGAGUUUUUAGACAAUAUGGAGUUUAUCGUAAAGCAGAUCUUAGACAGAGAGAUCAGGCUGGUGAUCAUUGGCCCCGGCCACCAUUAUCCUGACAUCUGGGAAUCGCUGAAUCCAGGAGAUGUGGAGAAGGGCAUCCUCCGUAGGAACGAGGCAAACCUGAAAUAUUCAAAUGGUCUGAAGCAACUUGCCGAAAAAUACCAAGUCCCAUUUGUGGAUUUGUAUUCGGCACAUGAAGAUUAUGCCAAGAAUAGCGCGCAGAAAAACUCCAGAAAUUUGAUCUUGGACGGAAUCCAUUUCACAGGAGAAGGGUAUCUGCUUUUGUAUCAGUUGCUGAAGAACGCGUUAGCAGAAAAAUACCCGGAAAUGACCGUACCAAACCUGAAAAUGAGACUCCCCAGUUGGAACGAUUUCGAUAGCACCAAAGUGGAAAAGCUUGAAAUAUGA